CCGGGCAGGCUGGGCGGAGCCGGGGAAGAGGUGGAGUCAGGGCCCGCCGUGGUCAGUGACAAACACUGGCUCCAGUCCAGCCAGCCGUCUGCCCUUUAUUGAGCCCGAGGGACUGUCACGUCCACGGUGUGCACGCUCGGCCACGGGACAGCAACGAGGAUAGCCACCAUGCAACUCGGCCUGAUCUUGUGCCUGGUGCUCCUCAGCCCGCCGGCGGCCACCCUCCAUCGCCACCGCUCCCAUGAGACGAAGAAGAGAGUCAAGGAGCUGCCAUCCACAGCUGCCACGGUGGCCCCCGGCACCAACGGCUUUGCCUUCGACCUCUACAGGGCCUUGGCGGCUGCUGCCCCCAACCAAAACAUCUUCUUCUCUCCUCUGAGCAUCUCCACAACCCUGGCCAUGAUCUCCCUGGGGGCUCGGUCCAACACGAAGGCACAGAUCCUGCAGGGCCUGCGCCUCAACCUCCAAGAGGGCACGGAGGAGGAGCUCCACAACGCCUUCCAGCAGCUGCUCCGGGAGCUCGGCCGGCCCAGAGAUGACCUCCAGCUGAACCUCGGCAAUGCCCUAUUCAUCAGCCCCACAGUGCAUAUCCAGGACAGCUUCCUGAGUGCCGUGAGGACACUGUACCUGGCAGACACUGUCCCCACCAACUUUGGGGACCCCGCAGGGGCCCAGAAGCAGAUCAAUGAUUACGUGGCAAAGCAAACUCAGGGCAAGAUUGUGGACUUGGUGAAGGACCUGGACAGCACCGAGGUCAUGGUUAUGGUGAAUUACAUUUUCUUCAAAGCUCAGUGGGAGACAAGCUUCAACUACAGAAACACCCUAGAGCAGGACUUCCAUGUGACCUCGGAGACGGCGGUGCGGGUGCCCAUGAUGAGACGCGAGGAUUGGUAUUACUACCUCCUGGACCAAAACCUCUCCUGCAAGGUGGUGGCGGUCCCCUACCAGGGGAAUGCCACUGCCUUGUUCAUUCUCCCCAACGAGGGCACGAUGGGGCAGGUGGAGAACGGACUGCAUGAGAGAAUCCUGAGGAAGUGGUUCAAGACGUUCAUAAAGAGGCAGCUGGAGCUUUACCUUCCCAAGUUCUCCAUUGAGGGCUCCUAUCAGCUGGAAAAAAUCCUCCCCAAACUGGGAAUCAGUGACGUCUUCACCUCCCAAGCUGACCUGAGCGGCCUUACCAACCACUCCAACAUCCAGGUGUCUGAGAUGGUGCACAAAGCCGUGGUGGAGGUGGACGAGUCGGGGACCAAGGCGGCCGCAGCCACUGGGGCGAUCUUUGCCUUCAGGUCGGCUCGAGUGGGCCCCCUGAGGGUGGUGUUCGACAGGCCCUUUCUGAUGCUCAUUGUGGAGAACACGGAGAACAUCCUCUUCCUCGGCAGAGUGACCCACCCCCGGGGGGGAGAUUCCUCCUGAAGGGCCGCAGGCCUCCACGGUGGAAGACAAGCGUGCACUAUGGCCAUCUGUCUGCCGGGACCUAGGGAUUCACACAUGUUUAGAUGACUAAUGAGGCUUUCGCAAAUAAUAAUAAUAGCAUUGACAUGCUGAGGAUUGUUUCUUUUCACACAAUUGCAAGACGUGGGUGCUUUGGAGAACAUUUGUUCUUACCCUCACCUUUCAUCAGUGAUUAGCACUGAGGACCAGAGAGGUUGGUUGACUUUCCCAAGGUCACACAGCAUGUUAGCGGCAGAUGGAAGCCCAGAAUCUGGGCCCCUGACGCCCAGCCCAGUACCACAAAUCUCUGGAGGAAGAUUAUUCCAGUAGACAUUUCCACCAGGAAGCGAAUUUCCAAGCCUAGUGCCCCGUGUCAGCAAUACCAGUAUCAAUUCAUCCUGGUUUGGAGGGAACACUGGAAUGGGAGUCUGGAUGGGGCUUCCGUCCCAGCAAACCAGCUGUGUGACAUUGGGGCAAUACCGUCCCUCUCUGGACAUUGGUUUUCCCAUGUGUACUGAGAAGGAUCAGGUCAAGGACAGGAGGAUCCUUGAAAUCAUAUAAAAAGGCCGGGGUGUUCCCUGUCAAUCACAAUUGAUUUCAGUACAUUCAAGUGCCACUCAUCCUUCAAGAAAAGCAAGGGGACCACAGGGUGGAAUGGGCCAUCACAGGAUUAAGUUACAAUCUCCUGUGCUUGGCGGGGGGCAGGAGAAUGGAGGCCUGUUGCAAACAGCUGAGUACCAGUUGAAGACGCUGGUGACUAACUGUGAGUUUUAGUGUCAGCAAGAACAAUAAAGCAUUUUGCAAACAC